AUGCCGCUGACCCAUGGUCAUGUACAAGUGCUUCGCUACUUACCAAGUCUGCUCUGGCGGCUCGAGUUUGUAGCCUUGAUGCAGGAGAUGACGCAACGCUGCGAUGGCUUGCUCCAGAUGGCGUUGCCAUCUGCUCUUGGGGAAGCGAUGACGCAUUCACAGGUGUUGUCGCUUCCGUUCCAUCCACCGGGGACGAGACGGUUCUGUUACGAACGCAUGGAGCUGAUGGGUGAUGCCGUGUUGAAGUUGAUGGCUUGCGCACAUGCAGCAGCUGCGCUGCCUCGAGCCAACGAGGGUCAACUGUCAUCCGUGGCACAGUGGUGCGAAACGAACAAGUGGCUCCGCAAGGUGAACGAGAAGACGAUAAAUGUGGGCUCCUUCCUUCUGCUCCACGGCUUCAGGCCCAAGACCCGAUUGUCAAAGCUGCGCCAGAAUCGGGUGCCACAGAAGGUUGCAGCAGAUGCAGUGGAGGUGCAAACACGUCUGCUACCAAUAGCGGGCUGCCUUGGGAGCGGUCUUCAGCUGCACGAGUGGGGCUUUGACGGAGCCAGCAUCCCAGGAGGCUGUUUUUGCACAAGCUUAGCAUCCAUACGCUGCGAGGCAGAUGCCAAGGAGGACACCCAGGAUGCAGUUUUGGCCGAGCUGCAUUUGCGCGGUGCUGUGCCGGUCCAGUUCACAGACACAACAGAUGCCAAUGCCGCAGAGGAGGUGGAGAAAGCAUUUGGCAACUCGUCAGAUAUCGCUUUCGUCGCUUGCUUGCAAAGCCUCAGAGGAAACCGAACGCUGCUGCGCACACUGCGGGCGGAAGUGACGGGGGCACGACGCAAUGGCUUCCAGCGAUUGGAGUUCCUGGGCGAUGCGGUGCUUCUGGUGGCUGUGUGCUGCCACAUUAUGCAGGAAUAUCCAGACUUUGACGAGGGAAAAUUGUCGGAGACCCUGCAUGCCUUCGUUUGCAACAGUUACCUCUCGCGGAAGCUGAUCCGGCGGUUCGGCCAGGCGCAAAGUCUCGCAUCUGUGUUCUUUCCCGAGCAGUCACCACAGAGAGCGCUCCUGCCGGGCUAUGUGGAGACUGUUUUGGCCAGCGAGGCGGGGACUGACUACGUCAUCGGCCAGGCAAGUGAGGCCCAAGCUUUACCUAGCCGACUCAAAUUCGUUGCGGACAGCUACGAGGCGUUGAUUGCGGCGGUGCUGUUGGACACAGGUGGCGACAUGGAUGAGACCUGGGCAGUGUUCGCCAAGGACUUCGAGCUUCCCAAAAGCCAGGUGACGGAGAAAAUAAGGGCUUGGCAUGAUCACCUCCAAUCAGCAGAGAAGCAGGAAGUUGGGCUUGAAAGCGGUGAGCAGUUGGUUGAGGACGUGCCGGAAUUCGACAAGCUGCCAGAAGGAGAAGGACGCAAGCGUCUGCUGGACUACUGCCGGAGGCAAGGUGUAAAGGUGCGCUUCGAGGCGGUGCCAGCAGAGGAAACUUCUGGCGAAGUCCGGAUGAGAUGCGUGGUGGGCGGACGGUCACUCCCAGAGGCGAAUGGCGUGUCCAUGAAACAUGCGCAGGAUGUGGCAGCUGAAAAGGCACUUUGGGAGUUGUUACGACUGCCGGACAGGAAGCCAGAGACGAAGCACGAGGGACUUUCAGAUGCGGAGAUGCCUUCACAGUCGCUGCAAGCAGCGCCAGCUUCCCAGGUUGAUGACCUCUCGCUACAGAGACCCAAAGGUGUCGCGCGCCAGGAUCUUCUACGAUACUGCCAAAGGAAAGGCCUGCAGCAACGCUUUCUUGAGGACGAGGAAGAGGAUGAAACCAACGCCACGACUUACUGCGUGCGAGCCAAAGUGGAGGAAAUAGUUUACCCCGAGGCAAGAGCAAAAAACAAAGGUGCCGCGCAGGACAUGGCAGCAGAGCUGGCUCUCCUUGAGCUGCGCGGACCCGACGAAGAGGUGCAAAACAGUCAGGUCUCCGAAGGUGCAGAGACGGAGAGAGGCCCAGCAUCGCAAGCUGCGAUGGUGCUGCAGAGAGCUCCCGAGGACUUCAGCCUAGACAGCCUGCCAUCUGCCCGGCCGAAGGGUGUUGAUCGGCAGGAGUUGCAGAGCCACUGCUCGAGGGCGAAGCUAAACCUGGCGUUCAAAGAGGAGGUGUCCGGCCAGAGCCACUGCCCUACCUUCCGGGUGCGGGAGGCUUACCCGACAUGCUUCCGCAAAGUCACAAAGAGUGACAACAGGGAGACAGCAGCUGCUACUGAGCCGAGGAUAAAGCCAAGGAGCCUUAGUGUGUGGGAGGGGUCUUCAGAUGUUUGCUGCAACCUAGCAUCGGGAGCGCUGGAGCUUGUCACGCUGCCGUUUCUUGCACGAGGUGCCUGUCUUUGCACUCCGCGCUUUGAUCUGGAGCUUCGGCCUGGCUUGAUGGCUCGUGGUCGACGGGAGAAGCCGAUCAAGUGGCCCAAGGGCACGUCUGACAAAAUCUCGAAGAAGUUUGCCUGGAUGAAAGGCACCGAGUGGAACUGGAACAACUGGAGGAACGUCAAGUUCCAGAAGGAUGGCAACUUCGAAGCCCCGACCAACGACUGCCAGCGCGGUCAGUGCAAAUGGUCGGCCAACAAGGGCAAGAUCUUUGUCCUGUGGGGCCAAGCUGGGGUACACGAGCUGGAGAUCGUCGGCGAGGUGCCAACAGAGCAGAAUCAACAGAAGAUGCAGGGCAUGACAAUGAGGGGGCGCCGCGUCUCCGACGGCGACAGGUGCUCCGCCGUUUUCCAGCGAGUUUUCGAUCAUGAAGCUGCUGAGCUGGACAAGGACCUCUACGAGAUCCUGGGCCUUCAGGAAGAUGCCGACGAGGCUGACAUCAAGAAGGUCUAUCGCAAACUCUCCAUCAAGUAUCACCCGGACAAGAAUCCCGAUGAGGAGUCCAAAAGGAAGUUCGGCGAGAUUCGGGAUGCCUACGAGAUCCUGAACGACCCGGACAAGAAGAUCCUCUAUGACACUGGCGGGAUGGAGGCCGUAAAAAAGGCCGAGAAGGGUGAAAUCGAGAAAGGUGAAGAUGCCAAGGCAAAUCUAGCGGUGAGCUUGGAAGACCUGUACAACGGCGGCAACAGGAAGGCGGAGAUCGCGCGUCGAAUCGUCUGCAGAGGCUGCAGAGUGAAGCCCGAUUCUCCCAAGUGCCAGGGCUGCAACAGGUGUCCAAACGAAGUGAGGUUAGUGAACCGCCAGGUCGGUCCUGGCAUGUUCAUGCAGCAGCAGGAAGAAGUCCAAAGUCAGGAGAAGUGCAAGCAGGAAGUAGCCGAGAUAGAUGCUCACAUAGAGAAGGGAAUGAGAGACGGCGAGAGCCUCACCUUCCCUCGCAUGACCGACCAGAGGCCUGGCAUGAUCCCUGGCAGCAUGAUCUUGACACUCAAGGUUGCAAGGCACCCGGAGUUCGAGAGACGCGGGGAUGACCUGCACAUGAGUGCCAAGGUGACGCUUCGAGAAGCUCUCCUUGGAUGGACGAAGACCAUCAGGCAUAUGGAUGGCCACACGGUGGAGAUCGGAACCGACAGCGUUACCAAGCCCUUCCAAGUCAUCAAGGUGAGAGGUGAGGGCAUGCCGCUGCGAGAUGAUCCAUCAAGUUUCGGUGACUUGUACGUCAAGGUGGAAGUCAUGUUCCCCCGCGCACUCACCGGGACUCAGCAGGAUCAAAUCUCAAGCAUCUUCUCUUGA